ACCCGUCUGACACAGUUUGACACAGUACUCGCCUCUUAUCACAAAGGCGAAAAAACUAGUUGAUCUUCUUCCCCCCAUGUGACAUAGGAAUUAGUACUAAUUAGCUUCAAUCAUGCUCUCUCUGACGGAUUCAAUUCCAAUUUCUUCACAUUUGAACGAUACUCGUUUCAACUUUCUUUCUCAAAGCGGCAGCAGAAACCUUCGGCAAGUUACACUUGUUUGCAGCCGUCCUCGGGUUUCGUUCCCACAGAGGAACAUAUGUAGGUGCUCAACCACCGAGCAACCGCCACCACAACGGCGCAAACAACGCCCGGCAAAGCAGUCCGACGAGGAGAAAGGCAUCGAUCCUGUUGGGUUCCUCACCAAAUACGGCAUUACCCAUAAAGCUUUCGCUCAGUUUCUUCGUGAAAGAUAUAAAUCAUUGAAGGACUUGAAGGAUGAAAUAUUGACUCGUCACUUCAGUCUCAAGGAGAUGUCUACUGGAUAUGAAUUACUGGGUAUGCAUCGCAACGUGCAGCAUCGAGUGGAUUUCUUGGAGUGGGCUCCAGGUGCUCGCUACUGUGCUCUAGUUGGUGACUUUAAUGGGUGGUCAACAACUGAUAAUUGUGCCAGAGAGGGUCAUUUUGGUCAUGAUGAUUGUGGGUAUUGGUUUAUUAUUCUUGAAGAUAAAUUGCGUCAAGGAGAAGAACCUGAUAAAUUGUAUUUUCAACAGUACAAUUAUGUGGAUGACUAUGAUAAAGGUGACACUGGCAAUACCAUCGAAGAAAUCUUUAAAAAAGCAAAUGAUGAGUAUUGGGAACCCGGAGAAGAUCGCUUCAUUAAGUCACGUUAUGAGGUGGCGGCAAAGUUAUACGAGGAAAUGUUUGGCCCAAAUGGACCCCAAACGGAAGAGGAACUAGAAGAAAUGCCUGAUGCAGUGACACGAUACAAAGCCUGGAAAGAGCAACACAAAAAUGACCCAGCAAGCAAUUUGCCAUCAUAUGAUGUGAUAGAUAACGGAAAAGAAUAUGAUAUUUUCAAUAUUAUAGGUGAUCCCGAAUCGUUUCAGAAAUUUCGUAUGAAGCAGCCUCCUAUUGCUUACUGGUUGGAAACUAAAAAGGGAAGGAAAGCUUGGUUACAGAAAUAUAUGCCUGGUUUACCGCAUGGAAGCAAAUACAGGGUGUAUUUUAACACACCAAAUGGGCCUCUUGAACGAGUUCCUGCAUGGGCUACUUAUGUCAUUCCAGGUAAACAAGCACUGCUUAUUGGUAUUUACACACUUCAUUUUAUCUCCAUAACUGGUUAG